AGAGAGUGAGUGUGCUGAACUGGUAGUCUCGCGAGAACACGAGCCUGUGGUAUUCUCCUGCUGUAGUCUCGCGAGAACACGAGCCUGUGGUAUUCUCCUGCUGUAAUCUCGCGAGAACACGAGUCUGUGCUGUUCUCCUGCUGUAUGUUGAUGUUUUUCUCCGGACUGCGUGUUUGUCUCCUUUAUGUGGCGUCUCAUGAGCCUCAGCACUGAGCACCCGUCUAACUGAGAGCCUCCCGGACGCCCCAGGCGGCCAUGAUGGAGGACUUUGAUGAGAUUUACGAGGAAGAGGAGGAGGAGGAUGAAGGCCGUGCGGCAGAGGAGCAGCUGCUUAAAUUCGGUCCUGAGCCGGUGCAGGUUCGCGGUGCAGGCCGAGCCACCGUGUUUGGACUCAGCAAUAAAUUUGAGACAGAAUUUCCUUCAGCACUCACAGGGAAGGUGGCGCCGGAGGAGUUUAAAGCCAGUAUCAGUCGUGUGAACGGCUGUCUGAGGAAGACGCUGCCGGUGAACGUGCGAUGGCUGCUGUGUGGCUGUCUGUGCUGCUGCUGCACGCUGGGGCUCAGUCUGUGGCCCGUCAUCUGCCUCAGCAAACGAACGCGCAGAUCCAUAGAGAAGUUACUGGAGUGGGAGAACAACCGCCUUUAUCACAAGUUGUGUUUGCACUGGAGGCUGAGCAAAAGGAAGUGUGAAACCAACAACAUGAUGGAAUAUGUUAUCUUAAUAGAGUUUCUACCCAAGAUUCCCAUCUUCAGGCCAGAUUAGCAGCCCCUGACGCUGUCCUCUGCCUAAGGUGCCUUCCCCUGGUACUCACACGUCCCUCUGUACAGACUAUAAACUCUUCCCCUAUACACAAACGCAUAUAUCCUCAUAUAAAUACAUGUACUCAGAUGUAUACGCUGCUUCUCCCAUGCACAGUCACACAGUACUGUUUACACACCUGCUUAAACCCCGCCCCUCACCCCUCACACCCCCCUGUUUGGUCAGAGCCACCUGAGAACAUCACGGUCCUGCAGCACAAGGCUCUGAGCCACCGGCAGCCGUGACGGGAAGCCGAAUACGGUGGUCGAACUGGGGGUUCCCAUGGCAACGGGACAACAAUCAAAGAACAAUCCGAUGUCUUUUUUUUCAGCACUGAGCUAACAGCAUCAAAGAGUCAAGAGCAGAGAGUGGGUGGAACUUAUCUUUGAUCAGCCAAUGAUCCGGAAACCAUGAUCGUGUGACAUCACAACCUUAAAAUAACUAGCCUGAGGUUGGGCUAGCUAUAAAAAAAAAAAAAGGGUUGGGCUAGCUAAAGCUAACGGUUUGCUAACAGCUAGUUUGUGAUUGGUUUCUGCUCUUGUCAAACUCUAGUCGCUCCAUAACAGAUAAACUUCCACCCUUUUCCUUCAUCGGACCUGAAGGAGACAAUCAUGCGCCGGCUGCACCGAACGAGACCGACACGUGUAGUAAACAAACAGUGUGUGAGACCGGACCCUUAAUGCAGCACACCAUGGUGGAUUUCUAGUCUUUUGUUAUUUUUAAUCUUGUGAGAACGUUAUCAAGCCCAAAGAAUCUUCUCAUAGAAGAAGUUGUGUGUGUGAGACGAGUGCUGAAAUCCUGUGAAAACAAGGCUGUGUCUCAAAUCACCUCUGUAUCUGGCGGCUGGUCGUCGUUAGCAUGCUAACGUCUGAAACUCUACUGUAUAAACUGUUAAGUGUGCUACACUAUAUACGUUUAAACAUUAGGUCACUGUGAUUUGAGACACAGCCCUACACUGACUAGCCGACCUGCUAGCAGUGAGUACACAACAACUCUUACAGCUUGAUUAUAUUUAACGCCCAACCUUUUGGUUUAGAAUCCAAUAAAAAAAAUAAACUAGGAAACAUCUUUUCCUCGGCUAGGUAUAAUUACGCUAACGAGCCCAGCACACGCCAGCUAGCGUGUCCGUCAGCUGCAAUUCUGUCACGAACAGUUUCAGUGUGAAGCAUCAGGACUGUGACACUUUUUUUUCAAGACCGUUAUGUUUCCACGAUCGCGUAUUAUGCAGCAUGCUAAGAUUCUAGCUAGCAAGCUGAUUUUCUUAACUUUUAUUGCUAAAGUUCUACUUUAUUUAGCAACGUGGCUAAAUGUUCUUGCUCCUGUGAGAAGAUUUUCUGUCAGUAAAAUUCCCACAAGCCUUUUAUUUUAUUUUGAAAGAAUUUUUAUCUUUGUUUACCUGCUCAUUUAAAAAGAGCAGCUAAUUUCCAACUUCUGUGUGUAUGUGUGUGAGAGAGAGAGUGUGUGUAUGUGUAAAUGAAAAACAGUCUGCAAACUUUACUGUGGUUUAAACAGAAAAGCAAACCUUCCCUAUUGUAUUUAAAGACUUUACUAAAGUUGGAUGUCUGUCAUGACGCCUCACACCAGUGAGAGCUAACUGAGCUUCCAGGUUAGAGAUUCACUUUAACUCCACAGACACUGAAGCGUCUCUGACUUCUGGAUGAUUAGAACCAAGAUUUAUUUUUUUUUCCACUUUGGUGCUUUUUCAGGAAAAGAACGAAGCAGAAUUGAAGUGAAACGUUAAGAAAGCUGCCAAUUAGCACCGUAUCUAUAAAACAAUGCUAAAAACAGUGUGAGUGGAGCUCAGGAUUAAGAUUAUAAUAAAACCUCAAACUCGGUCGUUAAACGUGCUGUGAGUUUAAUUUAACGACAUGGAGCUCACGCUGUUCCCUGGGUAAAAGAAACCGAGCAGUAAAUUUACCCUGAAGUUUUUGAGUGUUUCUGUGUUUUCUAACUUUAUGUUCAUCUGUUAUUACUGUUUGUUUCUCUAAAGAAUAUUUAAGUACUGUGUUAUGUACAGGAAUAAAGUACAAAUAAAGUGUG